GGCGAACGGGAGCGAGUGGACGCGUCCCUGCCAGCCCUCGCCCCGCCUGUCUGCUCGUCACCUUUUCCUUCUGACAGGUGGUAAACAAGGCAGCCCUGGCGCCCAAGGGGCGGCGGCGGCGGCGGCGGCGGCGGCGGCGGCGGUAGAGGGCAGGGCCCCAGCGACCCGGGCUGGGCUCUGGGCCCCCUACCCGCACCCGCGCUGCGAAGCGGUGCACCAGACCCGGGGGCUCUCAGGAGGGUCCGGGGAGAGGUGCAGGAGGGGGUCUGCCCGGGGUCACUGGACACACCUGGGCACUCGGGCAGGGUCUGUGGUGGCUUCCGGAGGGUUAGGCAGGGCCCUGCGAGGAUAUGGGAAGGGGCAAUCCGGGGCUACGUGGGCCGGCAGGGUUACCUAGGCUAUCUAGAGGGGAACCGGGGGUGCCGGGGCCACAGGGGGCCGGACCGUGUUCUGUCGGGACCUCUGGGAGAGUCGGGAUCCUUCUCGAUGCUGGCGGGGAAGAGUUUGGGAUCUGGGAUUCUGGCGGCAGUUGGGGGAGGGGGCAGUAGGAAACCUCCAGAGAUACCCACAGGGUGUUCGGAGGGGUCCAGGAAUACUGGGGUUAAACAGCUAAGUCCAGAGAUAUCUUGGGGGCAGGCGGGGUCCACGGGCAAGAGAGGGACAGUCGGUGACCUUCGCAACUGUGGAAGAGUGGUCCCGGGUCUCCGGGAUCUUGAUGGCCACUCUAGGUCUUCGGCCAUCGGGGGGCGUGAGGGCUCGCUGAGACUGAAGGUGGGCGUUGAUCUGCCCUUUCCGUUCGCCAGGCGGUGGCCUUCCUCCGCGCGCGGGCCCCAGCGCCCGGGAGCGGCUGGCGCGGCUGGACGCGCGCCCCCUGGCUGCCCGAGCUGCGGCGGACGUGGCGGCGCUGCCAUUAGCGUGCUGGAUUCGGCGGACAUAGAGGUCACGGACAGUCGCCUUCCUAAUGCCACUUUCAUGGCACAUCGGCCCCAGCAUCGUCGGUCAGAGACUUUGGGUACGCGUACAGCGCCACCCCAAGUGACCCAGGGUAAGACACGUGGUGCUUCGAAGCCGCUCCAGGCCUCUGGUCGGUUCUGUGUGGAACUGGUUCGCAGUUCCGUGGGCUUUGGCCUCACAUUAAGUGGAGGCCGAGACAGAGGCGGGGACGCUCCACUGGCAGUGCGCGGGCUGCUGAAGGAUGGGCCAGCACAGCGCUGUGGUCGCUUGCAGCCUGGCGACCUCGUGCUCCACAUCAAUGGAGAGUCAACGCAGGGGCUCACCCAUGCCCAGGUCGUGGAGAGGAUUCGUGCAAGCGGCCCGCGGCUCUGUCUGGUGCUAAGCAGGCCUCCUAAGACCCACCCCGGCAAGCCUGAGGGGGUGGGAGGGCCCCGGAAAGAAGACGAUCUCAGCCCAGAUCCUGGGAGACCAGAGGUGAUGAGGUCUCGCAGCGCCAGCGCUUCCCCGCUUCAGCACCCUCGACCCCGUACGACUCCCCAAACCCGGGGCAGCGCGGAGCUUAGCCCAGCAGGGGCAGCCGACGACCCCGCGGAUCCUCCGCUUGAGCGCUGCACGGAGGACCCGGAAGACCAAACCCCAGAUUCCCCCGGACCCUGGCUGGUGCCGAGCGAGGAACGGCUCUCACGGGCCCUAGGAGUCCCGGGGGCAGCGCAGUUCGCCCUUGAGAUGGCAGCCGGAAGGCGGAGGCACUGAGCGUGCAUCAGACGGCGUACUUGGUAGUGCCCAUCCCGGAUGUAGCGCGCUCUGCCCGUGCCUAUUAGCAUUGCGCGGAGAGCUUCCAAUUGGUCUGGUCUUCUAGCGGCUCAGUCGACCAGCCCGGGCUCCCUUCGUGGCGUCAGUGGUAUGGCCCUCCUGGACCGGCUCGCCCUGCACUUCUAGAUUGGGGGGGGGCGGGGAGAUAAUAAAAUGGUUCGAUCCA